CACCAAUCAGCGCCUUCGGCACAGAAUUUAAACUUUACAAAACAAUCCUGCCAUCAGCUUGACGUUUUUUAAAAUCUUCUCUUCAUUAAUUUUAUAUUUAUAAGUUGGUAGAUUAUUCUUCUUCUCCAACUCAGCCAGAAUGGAUGAAACACGAGUGUUGAAACAGAAUAUCGUGCAGGCUAAUCGUGAAGUUAACCACUCUGUGAAGGUCACAAACAACUUGCCGUCUGCCAACGAUGUUGAGAACAAACCCGUGAAUCCACAUGAGAAAGUGGUAGGCAUAGUAAGCGCCGUUCCCCAAGCUAGCAAUACCACUACAGCUACUACUACUACUACUAUUACUCACACAGUUACCAGCAAUAGCAACAACACAGGUCGAAACAAAUGGUCCUUGGGUGAUUUUGAUAUUGGCAAACCCCUUGGUAAGGGCAAAUUUGGCAGUGUCUACCUAGCACGUGAGAAGCGCAGUAAAUUUAUUGUUGCUUUGAAGGUCUUAUUUAAAUCUCAGCUUCAAAGUGCCGGUGUGGAGCAUCAACUGAGGAGGGAGAUUGAGAUUCAGUCUCAUUUGAGGCACCCAAAUAUUCUUCGCCUCUAUGGUUAUUUCCAUGAUAAAUCUCGGGUCUACUUGAUUUUGGAGUAUGCUCCAGAAGGGGAGCUAUAUAAACACUUACAGAAAAAGCAACGCUUCAGUGAAGAUACAGCAGCUUCGUAUAUUGCCCAGAUGGCAGCUGCCCUACAAUACUGUCACCAGAAAAAGGUGAUUCACAGAGACAUCAAACCAGAAAACAUUUUACUCGGUUUAAAAGGUGAAUUAAAAAUUGCAGAUUUUGGCUGGUCUGUCCAUGCUCCAACUUCAAGACGUACCACAUUGUGUGGAACUCUUGAUUACCUGCCUCCAGAGAUGAUUGAGAACCGGCCACAUGAUGACAAGGUGGAUUUGUGGAGUCUUGGAGUGUUGUGCUACGAGUUUUUGGUUGGCAAGCCACCGUUUGAGGCCGACGGCCACUCAGAGACCUAUCGAAGAAUAACGAAAGUUAUUUACACAUUCCCUGAUUACGUGAGUUCAGAUGCUGCCGACUUGAUCAAAAAGCUGUUGCGAUUUGACCCUGCUCAAAGACUGCCUUUGACAGGUGUACUCAGCCACCGUUGGAUCACAGCGAAAAGCAAUGUCACUAUCCCAGUGGUCCCACAGUCAACAGAAUCUCAAUAAUAUUUUAGCAUUUACUUUACCUACCUACCUAACCAGCCAACCACUGUUCUUCCCUUCACCCCCGUUUGUUUUUUUGUUUCCUCCUUGUCCAGUUUAUGACCCAUGGCAAGAACUGCAAUAAGGAAACUAGUUUAUAACAGCAACUGAAAAAAAAAAAAAAAAAUUGUUGCAAGAAAAAAGUAGAUUGGAUGGCAAGGUGUAAAUAAUUAAAUUUUACCUGGACAUACCUUUUACCCACCCUCUUUAUCACCACCACUGACCCCAUCUGAUGGUUGUGCCUCCCACCAACCUCCUCUUCUGAGUAAUUUGAAAUUUCUCUCAUUUGUUCUCAAGACUGUUUUUCUCUUGAGACUUCUGUGCUUUGGAGAUGUAUGUGUGGGUGGGUGUGUGUGUGGUUAUUUUAGUAACAAACCCUGUCGUGUGUGAUUUGUGUAUGUAAGUGUAUAUAAUUGUAUGUGUAUGUGUUGAAAAUGGAUGCAAGAGAUCCUAAUUGCUAUUAAACAAAUGAACCCUGCAUAUAUAAACCCCUUGUUUCUUGGUUUAUAACUUCACCCACACACACACAUGCUCUUAUAUCUUUGAAGAGAACAGACAGACAUGCUCAUCAAAUCAGCCUUGUUGGUAUACAACCAUGAUGCAUUGCUUUUUUUGUCUCUCUCUCUCAUCCUUUCCACUCUUUUCUCUAGAGUUCUCUCCCUCUGCCCCCCCCCCCCUCUCUCUCUCUGUCCACUGUGCAUGCAUGCCAUUUGUUAGCUGUGGUCCUGUACGUGCAGUGGUGACGACUUUGACAAAGCAAUCAACUGUAGCCAUAAGCAGCAGGGAGUAAGAAUUGAAUUUAAUUUUUAAAAAAAUCAACAUAAAAAAAAAAUACAGAAAUGUAAUAAAAAUACCUAAAAUUAUUCUUUAUUGGAAUUGUAUUAAAAUGUAAUAAAAGGAGAAAAAUA